UAUUUCGGCGCGUGCGGUAAACCUACAUCUUUCUCUGGUUGCCUUUUGCUCCUUCAUUGCCUCCCCGUCUUUCCCCCAACCUUCCACCCCACACAUCUGGGGGCGUCCAUCAGCGGCGUUUUCGAACGCGAGGCCUUCGAAAACUCUCAUAACACAAGGCUUAAGACUGGCUGAGAGGUCUAGGCUAGGCCGCUCCGGAAACUCACCCUCCAAUCGUCAUGGCCCUAGUCACUGUCGCAGCGGCUACGCUGCCAAGCGUACCCCUCGAUUUCCUCGGGAACCGCAACCGGAUUCUCGAAUCCAUCCGAAUUGCUAAAGAGAAGGGUGCGACGCUGAGGACAGGGCCCGAGCUGGAAAUCCCCGGCUACGGAGCUCUCGACCACCAUCUCGAAGGGGAUACCUUCUUGCAUUCUACCGAGGUCCUCGCCGAAAUCAUCUCGGACGAGGUGUGCCGGGGCAUGCUUAUCGACCUAGGAGCUGGGGUGAGACAUCGGAAUGUCCGGUACAAUGCCCGCGUGUUGUGCACGUACCGGAGGAUCUUCUGUAUCCGACCUAAGAUGGCGCUGGCGAACGACGGCUUGUAUCGCGAGGCCCGCCAUUUCACAGCCUGGGCCAAGCCGCGGGAGGUCGAGACCUAUUAUCUCGAGCAGGUCUUGCAGCAGGCCACUGGCCAGAAAACAGUCCCCAUCGGGGAUAUGAUCCUCUCGACACCGGAUACGGCCGUCACGUGCGAGUCCUGCGAGGAGCUGUUUGUCCCCCUGAACCCAUCCAUCUUCAGCGGCCUCAACGGCGCCGAAAUAACGCUGAACUCGAGCGCCUCUCACGCGGAGCUCCGUAAAUUAAGGACCAGACUCGAACUCAUCGCCAAUUCUACGAGGAAGCUUGGUGGUGUAUACGUCUACGCAAACGCGACGGGGGUUGACGGCGAGGCCCGCAUGCUUCACGAUGGUAGCAGCAUGGUGAUCCAGAAUGGGGAUGUGCUUGCCCAGGGCAGCCAGUUCUCGCUCGCACCUGUCGAGGUGACCGUCGCGACGGUCGACAUCGAGAAAGUCCGGAGCUACCGCAGUAGCAUUAGCCGGAACGUCCAGGCCGCCCGGCAGCCGGAUUUCCCCCGUGUGGAAUGCGAUAUUGUGCUGAGUCGUCCGAUCGAAGACGUCUGGCUCUCAAGCCAACCGGAGAUCUCUCGGAAAAUGGAGCUCCGAAUCAUGGAUCCCAUGGAGGAGAUUCACGCAGCUACUUCCGUUUACCUUUGGCAAUACCUAACGAGGGCCAACAUGGCUGGCUUCUUCUUGGCGCUAUCGGGUGGCCUCGACAGCUCCAGCGUUGCGCUGUUCGUGUACGGGAUGGCCAAAUUCGUAUUGCAGUCCAUCGGUCGCGGCGAAGAGAGCACGCUCCAGGAUCUGAGGCGGGUGACCGGCGACGAAAGCUUCACGCCCACCACGCCUCAGGAAAUUGUAUCACGGCUCCUCCACACCUGCUACAUGGGAACGGUCAAUUCCUCGACGGAGACACAGGGGCGGGCAAGGAGACUGACGGAAAUGAUCGGGGCGUACCAUUCCGACAUCACGAUCGACGAAACCAUCGCGGCCCACGAGACGAUGGUCGAAAAGGCGUUGAAUUUCAAGGCGAAGUACCUAGUCGAGGGGGGCUCUUCGGCUGAGAAUUUAGCGAAACAGAACAUCCAGGCUCGCAAUCGCAUGGUCAUCGCCUACUCGCUCGCUCAGCUAUCAACUACAGCGAGAAAGCUCCCGAGAGCAGGGUCCGCGUUGCUCGUAUUGGGGUCUGGUAACGUCGAUGAGAAUCUCCGCGGCUACUUCACGAAAUAUGAUGCCAGCUCCGCUGAUAUUGCGCCGCUCGGCAGCAUAUCCAAGGACGACGCCAAAUUUUUCCAGCGAUGGGCACGGGAGAAGUGGGAUCUACCGAUCCUGACCGAGUUCCUCGAGGCGACACCGACGGCCGAGCUCCUCCCCCUCUCGGCCGGCGUGCAGGACGACGAGGAGGAAAUGGGGCUGACAUACACGGAGCUGUCCAUCUUCGGGAUCAUGCGGAAGGUCGACAAGCUGGGGCCGUGGUCGGCGUACCUGCGGCUGCUGAGCGAGUGGCGGGAACGGCCGGGAUACGGCCCGCGGCAGAUCGCUGAGAAGGUCUUCCGGUUCUACCGCUUCCACGCGCUCAACCGCCAUAAGGCGUGCGUCAUCACGCCCAGCAUGCACCUGUCGCCUUACGAUCCGGACGACAACCGCUUCGACUUGCGCCCCUUCCUGUACGUCGUCAACUGGCCCUGGCAGUUCGACAAGAUCCGCGCCCAUGUCGACCAGCUCGAGCAGAAGCUCACGAACAAGUGACCUCCCUCCGAGCCCCCCGCCGCAGAGAAUCGACGCUGCCGGGCGGCCCAUUGUAGGUAGUCUGGACAACGUUGGUAUUCAAAUUCUAGGAAUGUUACGCCUGUCGGCUAGUGCCGGAGUAUCUGUUGAAUUUAAUGCUCAGCCGCGGAGAACUACUCCCCUUGCUGGACUGGAUGUGGCACGAUGUAAACAGGUCAACCUCUCCAAUAGAGAUAGACGAUAGAGCGGAAACGUCUGGCCGUUAGUAGAAACGGGACAACUUGAGUAUUUCGCCGACGCUAUUACUCAUACGCCCGGUACUCCGACAUCUUCACGCACGGAAUGUGCUGCGAGAUGUCCUCGCCGUUCCUCCGAUUCACACGCUUAUCUAUAUUUCCGUGACGCUAUAUUGACUUAUGUGGCAGCAAGUAUUAUAACCUAUCAACAGGCCAGG